AUGGCCGUGACUGCAUUCCCAGCCGAGUCUCCUGAUCUUGCCCUCCUCAAUGUCGCCCGAUUAUUCACCCGACUCGAGCACAAUCUGCUGUCCCCGGGCACAGACCGCCGCACUCUCCAACAAUCCGAAUACCAGCGCAUGCGCGUGAACAAGAAUGUGGAAUACGCUCGCACGCUCUUGACGCAGCUCGAGCGGUCUCUCCCGCAAUUGAAACCACUCGACCGCAAACAUGAAGCGCAAGCCGAGAUUGCGCGUGAUAGACAGCUUCUCAAACGGAUACAGACUAUUCUCGACGAGGAAGAUGCCAAAGCAGCAGCCGUGCAAGAUGAUGACGACAACGACGACACAGACGGCGACGAUGAAUGGAAAGAGCUAUUCUCCAAGCCUGUAGCGCAGACAAAGGUUCACACGCCGGCCUCUCAAACCGAACCCAAGGACCGGGACAUGUCAGCAUCACGGGAAACCAAGGAAGCGCACAGUGAUCAAUCCGCCACAACCACACAGAUCCCGUCCACCACACAAUCCGAGCCAACACCUACUCCUUCAGCAAAUACACCGGCACCGCCUACACUCCGUAAUCGACACGCCAGGAAGCCACUAGUGGCUACAGAUAAAGCAACCGCAACAGGAAGCAAUACCAAACAGCAUGACACCGAGAAUGAGCUUAGCACGCACAGAAUGGAACAAGAAGACCUCACCGGCUCCCUAUUGACACUGGCCGCGCAACUCAAGACGUCUUCAAUCUCUUUCCAGUCUGCCCUUGAAGGAGAGAAAUCCGCUUUAGAUCGGGCGGUGUCUGGUAUCGACCGCACCAGUACUACUAUGGAAGCUGCGGAGAAGAGAAUGGGCAUGCUGCGCAAAAUGACGGAGGGGAAGGGCUUGUGGGGUCGGAUGAUGCUUUAUGCUUGGAUCUUCGGGCUCUGGGUUGUCGCUAUCUUGAUUGUUUAUGUUGGGCCCAAGUUGAGGUUUUGA